AUGUGUUUUGAAUUGGGCACCACACUGCACCAGGGCACCUUGUUCGUCUUCUCUAUCAUGCGUUUUUGUGUUGCCAUUUAUUAUUAACCCACUCCCACCUCCCUCCCUCCCUCUAUUUUAUACCUCUUUCAUUUGUUACCACAUUUUUUACUCUAAAUUCUUCAUACAACUAACAAUACAAUUCAUGGCUGUUCAAGCUCAAUGUUCAUCCAAUAUUUUUCUUCUUAACAGAAACAUACAAGACCAAAUUGGGAAUAAUAAAUAUUCCUUGCCAUCUCAACCUGGUAGUGAUCAUGAUGGAUUAGCCACUAAUCUUCUUGAUCAUCAAUCUUUCAACCACUCUCUGUUCAACAAUAAUAAUAAUAAUAAUAAUAAUUUCCAAGUUGGGAAUUGCAAUACAAGUCAAAGAAACAAAGGAAGACAAGAUACAAUGAAUCAAUUCAUGUCAAAUAUCCAACAACACUCUCAUGGUAAUCAACAAUUCAUGGAUGUUUCCCAGUAUCAAUCAAGAAACGACAUUGAUGUUUCAACAGGUCUUCAGUUAGCUUUCAAUGAUCAUCAUCAGCACCAACAACAACAUUCGUAUGAUCAUCUCUUAUCACAAGAUUUAUCAACCUUGAUCAACCAACAAGCAAAUGAAAUCCAUCAUUAUCUUCAAACCCAAGGGGAAGAGUUCAGGCGCAAGUUAGCAGAAAAGAGGCAGCGACACUAUCAUGCGCUGAUCGGAGCAGCGAAUGAGUCAGCAACACGUAUGAUGAAAGAAAAAGAAAUGGAAGCCGAGAAAGCGGCUCGGCGCCACGCAGAGCUAUCGGCUCGGGCGUCCCAGCUAAGCGCGGAAGCCGAGGUAUGGCAAGCUAGAGCGAGGGCGCAAGAAGCAGUGGCAGCGGCGUUGCAGGUACAACUGCAGCAGGCGAUGGUAGGUAACGGCGGCGCGUGUGUGUCAACGGGGGUGGAGGUGGCGGAGCGUGAAGCGGAAGACGCCGAGUCGUCAUACAUUGACCCGGAACGAGUUGUAGUGGUGAGUGGACCCGGGUGUAAAGCGUGUGGAAAAAGAGUGGCAUCGGUUGUGUUGUUACCGUGUCGGCAUCUAUGUGUUUGUAGUGAGUGUGACGACGUCGUUCAGGCGUGUCCGUUAUGUCUUUCCUUUAGAAGUUCUAGUAUUCAUGUUUACAUGUCAUGAUACACUAUCGUGGAGUAUCAAAAAGAGGCCCUUUUAAAAGAUCAUUGUUUUGAAAUUGAACCAGAGGGUAAAAAUAAAAAUAUGCGAGGUAAAAAUGGUCAAAAACUAUCUUAAAAUUUCAGUAUAUAAACAAGCAAAAGAAUUUAUCUUGACUUAAUUAUUUUAGGAGCAAUAAUUCAAUUGCCUUUUUUAACUUUUUACCUUUUGGAUGUAGACUCCAGUCAUCCACAAUGUAAAUGGGCAAUAUCAAUGUGGCAUUCUUUCUUUCUUUUUAGGUUUUAUUGUUCUUAUAAAUGAAAAUUAUUGUUA